UGACCUAUAAUGAAGAAGAAGAAGAUACAUUGCUUAAGCGAACUCAGGAGAUCAUGAAAAAUAAUGAUGCUUAUGAGGUACAACAGCAAAUUAAGAUACAACAAGCAAAGCGAAAACAGAAAAAUGUAUCUAAAAAAUUCAAGAUUGGAAACAAAGUUCUGUUGCAUCAAACGCAUUUAGAAAAUAAUUUUCAGCAAAAUUAG